GUACGUGCGUCCGAGUCAGCACUUCGCUCCCCAACGAACGAACGCACUCCAAGAUCCAUUCAUUUCACCCUGAGCAAGUCUCUUCCAUUUCUCUUCUGGUCUUAACUCCAUACACGAACCAACAUGAUCAGAAAAAACGUUUCGAGAGCGGUGGGACAACGCUUGCAUCUCCCGUCCUCAAACCCUUCUCUCUCGUCUGGAACGAGAACCACAAGAACAACAAACUUACUAGGCGCAACUCAAACGUUUCCUCUUUGUUUACGCCAUCAUAUCCAUUGUACAUCAUUGAAAAACGCGACGCCGCUUAUUAGUGAAGUCAAACUCCCCCAUGACCACGCGAGCAACCCACCAGCUGCGCUGCCACCAGCUCCGACAGACCUCUUAGAGCUGUACCGUGGUCUUGUGGCUGCGGGCCGCCUGAAUUGGGACGAUGAACAGGUGCGAUGUGUGAUGAAACUGCGGCAACUGCUCGACACUCUUCGUGAUUAUUCGCCACCGCUCGAACUCGUGGCUAAACUGAACCCCUCGGCUCCAUAUAUCGCUCAGCAAAAGGAGCAGACAUCUUGGUGGAAGGGGAAUAGGAAUAUGGGAGAACACUUAGGGUUUAGCAAAACCAAUGGCGAGGUCGAGAAAAGGUUGGUCAAGGUGCUCAGUGGCGAAGAGGAGCUCGCCAAUCUCAAGACCCCAAAAGGUAUUCUCCUCACUGGGCCGCCCGGAUCAGGGAAGUCUUUACUCCUGUCCCUUUUUUAUCAACUGCUGCCUAUCUCAAAAAAACGUAUCCACUAUCACGCCUUUACCCUAGCCCUGUACAAGGAAGUCUUUUCAGAGAUGAAUCGUCGUAAGUCCUCCGACGAGGAAGAAUGGGAAAGAAAAGCGAGAAACAAAGAAUUGGCUGGAAAAAAGGGCUGGAAAUCAGUUUUCGCCGGUGGGCGAUGGGAUGAAGAAGGCAAAGAAAGGUUAGUAUGGGCCAAGGAAGAGGGCAUGGCAUUCAACAUCGCCCGGAGAAUGAUCCUGGAAUACACUGUGCUCUACUUUGACGAAUUCCAAUUAAUCGAUGCAUCGUCCGCAGCUCUCAUUAGAGACGUACUCUCGUGGUAUUGGCGACUAGGAGGUGUUAUUGUUACUUGUUCAAACAGAGUCCCGGAGGACUUAUACCACCAUGGUGUGCAAAAGGAGCGCUUAGCAGGCUUUUUGGAUGCUCUCAAGGCCAGAUGCGAAGUUGUGCAGGUAGAUGGUGGAAGAGACUGGCGAAGAGAGAUAGAAAGAGGCGACCAAAUUCGGUGGUUUCAUAGCAAGCAGCAGCUUGACUUUGAAAGGGCUUGGUCAGCUGUGCUCGAGACACAAGAAUCAAAGCAAAAGCAAAUACAGGUAUACGGGCGCACUCUGACUAUACCUCAGGCAGCAGGCAACACUUGUCGGUUCACAUUCUCCCAGCUUUGUGAAGAGGCCCUAGGCCCGGCAGAUUAUCUUGCCUUGGUAUCCACAUUUUCAACCUUUUUCAUUGACGAGGUCCCCACUUUAUACCUACGUCACAAAAAUGAAGCAAGGAGACUGAUAAAUCUCAUCGAUGCCCUUUAUGAGUCGCGCUGUCAAGUUUUUUUGCGUUCACCAUCAACGCCUUCAACGUUGUUUUUCCCCGAUGCUCUUAAUCUUUCCUCCCAGGAGGAGGAGACGUUGACUAAUGAGAGGAUGAUGUCAGCAGAAUCCCUCUCUGCUACCAUCCAAGUUCCGUAUCGCCCAAACGUUAGCUAUUACAAUAAUCUCUCUCCAGCUCAGCGGGAUAGAGAAGCAACUGAAGAAAAGCGAAAAGGAACUUCGUUUAGUGUGCUUGGUAUCUGGACAGGUGAAGAUGAGAAAUUCGCCUACAAACGAGCUGUGUCGAGGCUUAUUGAAAUGACUUCGUCACCUUCUUAUGCGGUAGAAGAAUGGGCCCCGUUGGAGCCAACACUACGCAGCUGGGAGGGCCAACCUCAUCCACCUGGUGGCGCAUCGAAAACUUACAAACAAUUGGCCCCAUCACCGUCCUAUGAGGUCGAAGAUGAGACAAACAUAAACAUAGAUAGUCGUGUCGUCAUUGAAAGAUGUGACAGCUAUCAUCAUCCGAUCAAUAACGAAAGCGAGGAAAGGAAGAAGCUUUUUAAGAAGGAUGGUGAUCGGAAACCCCCAACUCCCAUCCACGAGCAACACAUAUGGGGAGUGGUUGACCAAUGGGGUGAGAAGGCCGGCCGGUGGGGGCGCGGCGUCAGGGCAUUCUCACCGGACCCGGCGGCUUCAGGAGUCUCAUGCUCUUGUGGAAAGGAGAAAAGUUGCGGGCAAUGAUCAUGAUACACGAAUGAUAAGUACAUUGGAUCCUGUCUAUAGCAUCAUAUACGUCACAUGGCUAGCCAGUAUCUUCCAUUGUUCCCUUAACAAACCUUGAACUUUACAGUUUCUUUCAUAUUCAAAUACACUAGUCUGCCGAUCAUUUCAUUUGUUGGAAGGCUGAGCAAGUGGGAAUCAGCACUUCCUGAAAGCUUUCUCUCUCAGUCCAUAAGGCCCAAAAAUUUCGGAGCUUAUCACCCAGAGGCUUAUCCAUUUUGGCUUCGAGAGCGCUAAGGCCGUCUUUGGUAGGGGAUCCAUCAGCAAUGGACACAAGGCGGAGCUUUGCCCCUUAAUUGAUAAAUAGAAUAUGCAGCUUACAAUUUGAUCU